GCUGUGGUGCUCUGUACUACACAUUAGAGAAGAUCUCAAUGGUGACCUGGUGUGUGAUGGAGCUCAUCGCACUAGUUCUUCCUCUUCUCAUCUUCUUUGCGGAGAAGGGGGUCACAACUCCUGUAACCUCUGACCCUGAUGUGACCCCAACAAUCCCCACGGACCCGUGCGAGGGACAACCAUGUCUACACGGAGGAGUGUGUACAGUUGCAGAGGGAGAAGAGCUGAAGUACAUCUGCGCAUGCAGCGCACAGUUCACCGGACACAACUGCCAGUUCUUUGUCGACCCCUGCGCCAGUGACCCUUGUCUCCAUGGUAACUGCACACGUGAGGGUGCAGCGUUUGUGUGUGUGUGCAGCGAUGGGUAUGCAGGAGUCAUGUGUGAUCAGCCAUAUUCAGCCUUUGACCUUGUUGAGUCCAGCUGGGACCUGGCAGCCACUCCGGCUACCACUACUCAACCGUCUCAGCCGAUCACAGAGUUCAGUGACACUGAGGCCCCACCCACUUUACAACCAUGGCAACCAAAGCCUGGACAGAGAGUGAUGGAGGUGCAGUGGGAGCAGCUCCAGAUUACUGAUGGAUCAGAGUGUGUGAGCAUUGCAGGCACCGAACCAGCUGGAAUGAUGACGGUUUCCAUGGAGAUUGCAGAGGGAACUGCAGUAAAGUUGGUACUGAACAUUAGCGGAGCUGCAGCAUUGUGGCGUGUCGGAGCUCUCGGGUUUGACCGGUGUUCAGUAUCUGAUGGCAUGGUCGUUUGGUUCCAGCAGGACUCCAAUGGCCUUGUAAUCUCCGAUCAGUUACUUCCACUCGGACACAACUACUUCAUCACUGUGCUGCGCAUUGGAGCACCUUCUGGUCUUGAGGUCACUCUCAGAUUAAAGUUCACUGUAAAGUCUACUAGCUGCAUGGAGCCAGGCAGCAGUUUCAGCGACCCACAAUGCACUGGGAGAGGGACGUGCAUCACACAGUCUUCUGUGAGCACAUUUUAUUGCCAGUGCGAUGUCGGAUACUCCGGAAUCUUCUGCGAGGAAUUUGACGCAUGCUACACGAACCCAUGUGAAAACAAUGGGACCUGCAGUGACAUCACGCAGAGACAUGAGGGACAUGACUACACUUGUAACUGUCCGCCAGGGUUUGAAGGCCAGAACUGUCAGUCUCGGGUAAAUCACUGCACCUCAGAACCCUGCAAAAAUGGAGCAACGUGCACAAAUACACUGAACGGCCCACAGUGCACCUGCACAGAGGGUUAUAAAGGAAAUGUCUGUGAGGUAAGAGUUGACCCAUGUGCUUCUGGUCCAUGUCACAAUAAUGGGACAUGUUAUCUUCAGGCCGGUGGACAGGGCUUCAGCUGCACCUGUUCUCCUGGUUUCACCGGACACACCUGCACUCAGCUCGUCGAUUUCUGCUCACUCAACCCAUGUGCACAUGGUAUAUGUCGCAAUGUCGGCACAAGCUAUAGGUGCCUGUGUGUGCCAGGAUAUCAUGGGUUGUAUUGUGAGGAGGAGUAUAAUGAGUGUCUCUCUGCUCCAUGUCUAAAUUUUGCUACCUGCCGGGAUCUGAUCAAUGCUUAUGAGUGUGUAUGUACGCCACAGUACACAGGGAGACACUGUGAGAUUUAUAAAGAUCCAUGUGCGAAACUGCAGUGUCAGAACGGAGGUCAGUGUGAGAGAAGGCGGAGCAAUGCGACCUGUGUGUGUGCACCUGGAUACACAGGUGAGAACUGCGAGACUGACAUUAAUGAGUGUGAGAGCAACCCAUGUCAUCAUGGUGGCACCUGCAUUGACCAGUCAGACGGUUUCAUCUGUCACUGCCCACCUGGCUGGGUGGGUGGGGCCUGUGAGAUCCAUCUGCAGUGGAAGGCAUCUCGUACAGUUGAUUCUCUCCCUAGCAUGCCACGUCACUCUCUCUACAUCAUCAUCGGCGCGCUGUGUGUAGCCUUCGUCCUUAUGCUCAUCAUCCUCAUCGUUGGAAUCUGCCGCAUCAGCCGUAUUGAGUAUCAGGCAUCGUCUCGCCAUGCCUAUCAGGAGUUUUAUAACUGCCGUAGCAUCGACAGUGACUUCAGCAAUGCCCUCGCCUCCAUACGCCACGCUCGGUUUGGGAAGAAAUCUCGUCCAGCCAUGUACGAUGCCACACCCAUCAACUAUGAAGACUUCAGUCCAGAUGACAAACCACUUGUCACUCUCAUCAAAACUAAAGAUCUGUAAAGCACAUGCGCGCACACACACACACACACCAAGUCCAACCUUUCCUAUUAGCUGAUGCCGACCAUUAAGCAUUAAUUAACCUUAAUAAAGGUAUUACUAAAAACAUUUUAAUUAAACUAUAAAAGCUAAUAUUUAGAUGAACUUUGAUAUUGCAUAGAUCUAUUUUACCACUGAUAUGCAGAAUCAGCUAAAAUUUGUGUUUUAUAGAUGUAUUUAUCAGUAAAGGCCUUUGUUUCAUUGCAAAGUGUCACUAGUUUGCACACUUAGUCUCAUGUAGUCUCCUUCAGUAAAGCACUGGUAUUGUAGGCUGUAAUUUUGGCUUUGUUCCAAACACAGUUAGUGUUCUUACUAGAACGUUUAAGACUCGGUCCAAAAGCUAAUGUAUGUUCUAACGAAACUUCAUGCAGUGUGAGGGAGUGUUUGUAUUACCUACAGUACAAUGCACAUGUGAUGUUUAACACUGAGAAAUAGCUGCUAGCAGUGAGUCGUUUUGUUUUUCUACAUUCUGUUCUAACAUUCUGUUUAAGAGUAUAUAAUGAAAUAAAACAUAAUGUUAGAUAAUGUAUCUGUCUGUAACAUAUAGCUAAAGAUCAUCUGUGUUUAAUGUCCCUGUCAGGCUUUAGCUGAAUGUGCUGAGUUAUGUACAGUAUAUGAUAGCACAAGGUUAUGCCAGUAUAAUGAGUGUGUUGGUCCCCACUGACAUCAUCAAGCUAGUUAGCUAUGUAGGUUAAUUUGUUAAUGUUACUACAAUGUACACUGCUUCUUUUAUAUAACAUGUUAUUUUCCAGAGUGGUGGUAGCUACUACUAAACUAGCUAAUCGUUUAGCUAUUCAAACUUUAUUCAGUAUUAUACAGAUAUUAGAUAACUAGCUAUUUAUGUUUAGGAAACGAACACCAGUGACAGUCCCUUGUUGUAACACUAGCUGACUUCAUUGUAAUUGAAUGCAAACUAGUUACCCUUAGCAAACCGAUUUGUUAUUAAUUCAAAUAUAUUUUUCAGCAUCUUUUGACUAUCAGAUCAGGUACAAUGGCUUGCUGUACUAUGAAUCUUCUAUGGCU